CAGAGCCCCCAAGCUGACCGCGUGGUCUGCCAGCCAUCCGCGCUCGCCCCCUACCCCGGCCGCCGUGGCCGCAACCGCGCGCGCUCAGCUGUAGCCCCGCAGGCUGCGGCCGCAACCCGCCGCGCACGCCGCUGGCAUGCGCAAAUGGCGCAGCCUUUUCCCGCCAACCAAAUCCGAACGCCGUCGGUUAGCUCCACGAGCGGGAACGGGGGCCGACGCCCUAAAUUUACCCUCCGGAGCACGAUGUUUCCGGAGCCCAGCGAGGACGGCAGCCUCCACCGUCCCCGCGGGGGCGCACCCGUGCUAUUCGCGGUUCAACGCCACGGCCAUUUUUCUCUUCUCCCCGUCCUCCUCCCACCUCUCCGUCUCGCGCCAAAUUAAGCGCCUCUGGAACAAGGGUGGGUGGGUCGGGGGGAGAACACCUGAAGGCACAGCAGCUGAUGAAGUUGCCCUGCAAUGGGGAAAUUUAAGGCUCGGCUCCUUCUUCCCCCUGUCUCCGUCAGAUGAAAUUUGACUAAAAGGACGCCAUGGAGAGGAUCGAGGUUGACGCAGACUUUGUUGUUGCUGGCAAUUGGAAGCUACAUGGUGAACUAUGUAAGAAACUUUACACUAUAGUUCAUGAAGUUUCAAUUGCCAUCCCUGCCCUUGAGAGUACAAAACCUGGAAGUAAUUCUGGACUUCUGGCGUUGAGCUCCUUGCGCAUAGCUGUUGAUAAAGCCAAGAAUCUGCUUCAGUACUGCUCAGAGUGUAGCAAGCUUUACUUGGCCCUAACAGCAGAAUGUGUUCUUACAAAAUUUGAGAAAGCAAGAUGCGCUCUUUUAGAAAGUCUUCACCAGUUGGAAGAAACACUUCCAGAAGCAAUUGAUUCUCAGAUCCCAGAGAUUGCAAAUGAGCUGGAGAAUUCAUUUUUUGCUUUGGAUCAGGCUGAAAAGCAAGUUGGUGAUCAAGUGAAACAGAUAAUUCAGAAUGAGAAGAAAUCCAAUGGAUUCCUUGAUGACAAUGAACUUGAAUUCUUUCGGCAAACUAUUUUGAGAGCUGGCAUUACAUCAUCUGCUGCAGCUCUUACUGAGAGAAGAGCACUUAGAAGGCUUCUUGAAAGAGCCCAGGCAGAAGAAGACACAAAGAAAGAAUCAAUAGCAUCCUAUCUGCUGCAUCUUAUGAGGAAAUAUUCAAGUCAUUUCAGGAGCGAAACAAUGGAUUCCAUCAGCUCCCAGUGCUCAAGUCCUUCGUGCUCCUUCACUUCAAUGUCCAGCUCAACUGAUCUCCAUGGAAAUCUCGAGAAGCUCCUGCCUAGGUCUGGCUCCAUCAAUUUCAAGCAGAUUAAAGGGCUAUCAGGGAGCAUGCCAUUGCCACCUGAGGAACUAAGGUGUCCAAUCUCUCUGCAGCUCAUGUAUGACCCUGUUGUUAUCGCAUCUGGUCAGACCUACGAGCGAGCUUGCAUCGAGAAAUGGUUUAACAGUGGGAAUACAACCUGCCCCAAAACUCGGAAAGAGUUACCCCAGCUUUCCGUGACACCUAAUUACUGCAUCAAGGGUCUGAUAACAUCCUGGUGUGAACAAAAUGGGGUUCCAGUUCCUAACGCCCCGCCAGAAUCCCCAAAGCUCAAAUAUUUGAGGAUAACAUCUCUGAAGAGUAGCAAAUGCGUGGUGACGAAUGGUGUUAGCACGAUAUUGUUCGAGGACGCAGGCGCAAAAGACACAAAAGACGACAAGUUGAACACCGACGUUGCUUUGGAGAAGUGCUCUAGCCAUAAUUCCAGGGAAGCAACAUCUGAGACAUGCGAAGAAGAAGAGGAGGUAUCUGUGGAGAAGUGCUCUUUUCAGAAUAACCCUGUAGAGGCUGCACCGGAGAGAUGUGAACGCUGGCUGCGUGUGCUAAGCAAGGGCAGUGAGUGCAUCGACGAGCAGCGUGAGGUGGUCGAGCAGGUCAGGUUCCAGUUGAAGGGUGAUGAUGAGCUCAGGGACUAUGUGGGUGCUAAUGGUAUUACUGAGCCACUCACCUGCUUCCUGAAGAUGGCUCUCAGCAGAGAAGACGUGCAAUCUCAGGAGGUCGGAACAAUGGCUCUUUUCAAUCUUGCCGUCAGCAAUAACAGGAACAAGCGGCAGCUGCUCUCAGCUGGAGUUAUCCCUCUGAUGGAGCAGAUGAUGCAGAAACCGGAGACCUGCGAGGCUGCGGUGGCGAUGUAUCUCAACCUCUCCUGUCUGGAGGAGGCGCAGGCCAUCAUCGGGUCGAGCCAAGUCAUCCCUGUCCUGAUCAGGUGCCUGCAAGAAGAAGGGUACCGGAGCGACACGUGCCGGCUGGACGCGCUCCUGACGCUGUACAACCUGUCCCUGCACGCGCCCAACAUCCCGGUGCUCCUCUCGUCGGGCGUCGUCCACAGCAUCCACACCGUGCUGGCGCCGUCGUCGUCGUCGUGGACGGACCAGGCCCUGACCUUGCUGAUCAACCUGGCGCUGACCUGGGCCGGGAAGAAGGAGAUCGCGGCGAACCAGGCCAUCGUGGGCGACAUCGUGUUCAUCCUGGACAACGGCGAGGCGGCGGAGCAGGAGAAGGCGGUGUCGUGCCUGUGGAUGAUCUGCAACGGCGACGAGGGGUGCAGCCAGACGGUGCUGCAGGAGGGCGUGAUCCCGGCGCUGGUGUCCCUGACGGCGAACGGCACGGGCAAGGCCAAGGACAAGGCGCAGAAGCUGCUCCGGCUGUUCCGGGAGCAGCGGCAGCGCGAGCUGGAGCAGCAGCAGCCGCGGGUGGAGCUGCUCGAGGUGGCCAGCCAGGCCGCCGCGCAGCAGGAACAGGAGGAGGAAGAGCAGCAGCAGCAGCAACAACAGCAGGAGGAGGCCGCGGCGGCGGGGAAGACGGCGGCGUCCGAGCAGAGCAGCGAGGGCAAGAAGCCGCCGGCGCGGCUGAGCAGGUCCAAGUCCAAGCGGCUGGCCAGGGUCAUCACCUGCCUCAUCAAGAAGUGGACGACGCCAGGCGGCGGCGGCGACAGGUGUAAACUGUAACCCUGUAGAAUGUGUGGUGGUACUGUACCGUCACAUUCACCAAAAAUGUGUGUGCUCCUGAAGCUCCAUGUGUAAAAUACAACUAGCGAAA